AUGCAAGAAUUUGUUGACGAACUACAGACUGUGAGGGACAAUAUCUCCCAAGUCGUCAGAGAGGUGAUGGCGGAUUUUCGCCAACCAUCUCUCCCAACGGCAGAUACUACUUUCAUUGGCCUGGAACCGGAGCACAUCGGAUACUUUAACCCGGAUGCCCCUGAUGACGGCACGGGGAUUUCUAUGGAGACAGAUAUCACGAUUUUCACGGAUGUUUUCAUCUUUACUUCGCGUCUGCGGCACCGUGCAGCCAUCCAUGGCGAAGCCCUAAUCCGGUUAGUGUGGGAUAGGUGCCUACUCGGUUCUGCGCUGGUUUGGCAUCUGCAGAUUCUGACAGCUGCUGAACGUUUGGCAUUGCACACGGCAUCGAUAGAAGUCGUAGCUACCAGGUUGGAGAAGGAUUUUUGCCCAGACCAUGCAUCGGCGUUUGCCCGACUCACCAAGGCAAGAUAUACGUUGUGGGAUGCCUUCCAAAAUAAGGACAUGAUGAUUUUUGUCAUCAUCGUCGUCCGUAACGCCAAGGCAUGCGGCAUGAACGAUCAUGCGCAACUGAUCAGCGCGUUUGAAGCAUUCGAUGGGCCCAUCCAGAUGGUAUUAGGGUUUGCUCGACCGACAGUGGACACGACGCUCGAACAGUUUACCAUGACAAUCAAGAACUGCGGGAAAAAUACUCUCGCCCAGGGCAAAGAAUACCAGGCGAGAACAGGGUCGGGAUAG